AUGCUUACCAAAUUCCUUCAUGGCCCUUCUUUUGUUAGCGGUGCUGCACGCGGUAUCGGAAAGGCCACUGCCUUUGCGUUUGCGAAAUAUGGAAGCCCCCAAGUCGCCAUCGCUGAUGUUGAUGCGGCCACGUUAAAACAGACGGCCAAAGAGUUGAAGGAUCAGUACCCGAACGUUGAGAUUUUGCCAAUUGAAUUUGAUGCAGCGAACGCAGACUCGACCAUCAAGGCUAUUGAAACAGCCUAUUCGAAAUUUGGGCGAAUCGACCAUGCGGUGAACAACGUCGGCACUCCAGGCCCCUUGGCCCCCAGCAUAUCCGUCUCAACGAGCGAUUUCAAGAACCUCAUUGAUAUCAACUUGACAAGCAUGUGGAUUGCACAAAGAGAACAGAUCAAAAUUAUGCUUAAGCAAGAACCUGUUCAGCAAGAGUUCGGUAAAGUUCGAGGUACAAUUGUAAACAUGUCGUCUGUUUGGGGCGGAUUCGGUACAAGAGAUUUUCCAGCAGGGACAGCAUAUUCUACAACUAAACAUGGCAUUAGAGGCCUAACAAAAAGCGAUGCGAACCAAUAUGCCUCGGAAGGCAUACGAAUCAAUGCGAUUUGCCCAGGUUACACAUUCACAACCAUUGACAUAGGAAAUGAGGGUCCAGAAUUGCAAUACAUUCUGGACCAGGCAAUGCACAGAACAGCAAUGAAAAGAUUUGCCCAGCCUGAGGAAAUCGCCAAUGGCAUUACGUAUCUGAGUUCUUGGAUGAGCUCGUACAUGAGUGGCGAGGCUAUGUUGGUCGAUGGUGGAUUUUCUUCUUAA